GAUAGGAUCGAUGCCGUUCAACGUCUGGACCAACAAAUAGCUCAAUUGCUGCCUGAAAUAGCGCCCGAUGUUAUAGUAUUUGAUCAGUUUAUGUCAUUGCCAUCAGUGAUGCGUUCGGGUAUACCCUAUGUAUGGGUCUGUUGUAAUGGACCUCUAUAUUUGGUAGCUGAUGAUAAGGCACCUCCAGCCAGUUCAGGUUUGUCCGCUUUUGGGAAUAAGAAGUUAUGGAAAGAGUUUUAUGAAGUAAAGAGAAAUACAACACUCGAGCCGUGGAAACAAUACAACGCUUAUGUCGUCUCUAAAGACUGUCAACCAUUGCCUAAAAAUAGUUUCAUUCAAACCACUGAUUGUCUCAUUUUAUACGCCUUUCCGUUAGAAUUAGAUUAUCUCGAUAUCAGACCAUUGCCUAAGAAUUAUAUACGAUUUGAUAACUUUAUGCGUAAAGAUAUUCAGUUGAAGUUUGAAAUACCCCUGCAGUUAAGGGAUAGACCGGGAAAAUUUGUGUACUUUUCAUUGGGAUCUAUGGGUGCGGCAGAUGUGGACAAUAUGAAGAGAUUACUGAAUAUUUUGUUCAAAUCUAAGCACAGGUUUAUUGUAUCGAAAGGACCGCUUCAUAACGAGUUUCAAUUGGCAGACAAUAUGUGGGGCGAGGGGUCUGUCCCUCAGAUCCAAGUCUUACCGUUAGUUGAUUUGGUUAUAACCCACGGAGGGGUCAAUACAGUGACGGAAACAUUAUAUUUUGGUAAACCUAUGAUUGUUUUGCCACUAUUUGGUGAUCAAUACGAUAACGCGCAGAGAGUGGAGGACAAGGGGUUUGGUAUACGACUCGAUGCCUACAAGUGCUCAGAAGAAGAGUUAUUGAAUGCAAUCGAAAAACUACUGAACGAUACGGAAAUUCAUGAAAAGUUGCGGAAAAUAUCGCAAAGAAUACAAUCGGAUAAUAGUAUCGCAAAACUUCCCAAAAUUUUUGAAGAUUAUGUGAUUAAUCGUCAGAAAUAUAUUUAA